ACAACAACCACAUAAACAAGUAAACAACAAAGUGAUUUUAGAAAAAAAGAAAAGAGGAUGGAUUUGAAGGUUCCAACUAUAGAUUUUAGGAACUCAUCAGAGUGGAAAAAAGGAAGUGAAAAAUGGAAUUUAGUGAGAGAUGAAGUUUUCAAAGGUUUAGAAAAAUAUGGUUGUUUUGAGGCUAUACUUGAUGGAGAAAUUCCAAAAGAAAAACUAUAUGAAAAGUUGAAACAAGUUUUUAAUUUCAAUUUGGAGGAAAAAUUUGGAAAAUCACAAAAUGUGUUGGUAGGUUAUACUAGAGAUAAUCCUAGAACACCACUUCAAGAGAGAAUGAUGAUUGGCAAUGUCCUCACUCAUAAUGCAAUUGAGAACUUCUCCUACAUCCUUUGGCCUAAGGGAGACCCUCAAUUCUGUGAUUUGGUGCUUGGUUACUCCAAGAAAUUAUUAGAAUUUGAUGAUAUGGUAAGAAUAAUGGUAUUUGAGAAAUUGGGGUUGGAAAAAUACUUGGAUGAGCACAAAAAAUCAGGUGAUUACUUACUUAAUUGUAUGAAGUACAAAGUGCCUAAAGCUGAGGAGACAAAUGUUGGAGUACCUCCUCAUACUGAUAAAAUCAUUUCAACAAUUUUAAGCCAACAUGAUCAACAUGUUAAUGGGCUUCAAAUUUUGGACAAAAAUGGACAAUGGCUUGAUCUUCAAUACUCAUCACCUCAUUCAUACAUGUUCUUUGUUGGUGAUUGUUUGAAAGCAUUUACAAAUGGUAGGCUGCAUUCUUCUACUCAUAGAGUUAUUAUGGGAAAUGAAGAGAGGUUUUCUAUGGGUUUUACCAAAAUUCCUAAAGAAGGGUAUAUCAUAAAAGCACCAGAGGAAGUUGUUGAUGAAGAUCACCAUUUGCUUUACAAGCCCUUUGAUGGUUCCAAAUAUCUUCCAUUUUAUAUGUCAGAGGGUAAACGCGGCGUUGUUGCAACUCUCGAGAGCUUUUGUGGUGUCUCAGCUAAUACUCCAAACUUGUCUUGAUACAGACUUUUGAUUGUCCGCCCCUC